UAUAUUGCAAUCGUUAAUAAAUUUCUUCCUAGAAAUUUGACGAGAGUAAAAAUUGAUGUACCCAUUUGUUAUGGCGGCAAGCCACCAUAUGAGAAAGUUACAUGUAUCUUAGAUCGAAGAUCAUUUUUGAUGGAAAAGGCCAAAUCUGCAAUAACGCAUUAUCAAGUGCUUGCGGGUACGGGUAAUUAUUCAUUGCUCAGAUUACAUCCAAAAACAGGCAGGAAACAUCAGUUACGGUCACAUUGUGCAUACGUACUUGAAGCACCUAUUUUAGGAGAUUUCAAGUAUGGCAUGGAACAAAUAUACACAUCAGAAACAUCCAAACCAAUGUAUUUACACUUAAGUAGGCUUGCCAUACAUAAUUGGAGGACGCCUGAAG